CUCCAUUUACCUCUCAAUUCCCCUUUACCUGGAAGUGAGUUGACUAAGGAACCCUUUCGAUGGGAUCAGAGGUUAUUUGCUUUGGUUCUUCGUUUGCCUGGUAUUACAGCACCGGAAUCGGAGCAGAUGACAGGGGUACCGGUGGAUGACUCUGCAAUCACACCUAUGUGCGAAGUCACAGGAGGUCGAUCAUAUUGUGUAUGCUCUCCAAGAAUGCUGAAUCAGUGUCUUGAGUCAUUGGUGCAAAAAGUGCAAAGUGGAGUGGUAAUAAAUUUUGAAAAAGCUGGACCGGAUCCCUCACCAAUUGAUGAUGGGCAGGUGGAUAUAUCUAGACCCUUUGGACCCCAACCUUGGCACAGCUGUCACAAACUUAUUUAUGUCAGACCAAACCCUAAAACUGGGGUUCCUAUAGGUCAUUGGCCUGUUCCUGAAUCCUUUUGGCCAGAUCAAAAUUCUCCAACGCUGCCACCUCGCACAUCUCAUCCUGUGGUGAAAUUUUCCUGUACUGACUGUGAACCGAUGGUCAUUGACAAACUGCCUUUUGAUAAAUAUGAGUUAGAACCUUCACCACUGACCCAGUUUAUCCUGGAAAGAAAAUCCCCUCAGACCUGCUGGCAGGUAUAUGUGAGCAAUAGUGCAAAAUACAGUGAACUUGGUCAUCCUUUUGGUUACUUGAAAGCUAGUACAGCGCUGAAUUGUGUGAAUUUAUUUGUGAUGCCUUACAAUUAUCCAGUCCUCCUUCCAUUGCUAGAUGACUUGUUUAAAGUACACAAGGCAAAGCCUACGUUGAAAUGGCGACAGUCAUUUGAAAGCUAUUUGAAGACAAUGCCUCCUUAUUAUCUUGGGCCUUUGAAGAAAGCUGUGAGAAUGAUGGGAGCACCAAACCUUAUAGCUGACAAUGUGGAAUAUGGACUUAGUUACAGUGUCAUUUCAUAUCUCAAAAAGUUGAGUCAGCAGGCCAAAAUAGAGUCCGAUAGAGUCAUUGGCUCUGUAGGCAAAAAGGUAGCGCAAGAGACUGGAAUUAAGGUCAGAAGCAGAUCACACAACCUGUCUAUGGCACAUAGGAACGAUUUUCAACAUCUGCUACAGGGGAUUACUGGGGAAAUUCCUCAUAGACCUCUAGACCUCAAUAUGAAGGAGUAUGCUGGGUUCCAAAUAGCUUUGCUGAAUAAGGAUUUGAAACCUCAGACUUUUAGAAAUGCUUAUGACAUACCCAGAAGAAAUCUUUUGGAUCAAUUAACACGAAUGAGAUCUAAUUUACUGAAGAGUACUCGCAAGUUCCUCAAAGGACAAGAUGAAGGUUAGAUAACAGUUUAUUUUUUGCCUAACUGCGAUAUGAUUGGUACUAAAAAAAU